CGCGCCCCGCUGCAGAUCAACUGCAGAGCAACUCCGCGCGCGCUAAAAACCUGACAACAGGAACCAGAAGUAACCAACGGUAAUCGGAGUCCGGAGCGACCCGGCCGAGCUGCAGGUAAACCUGCCGGACAGCUCCAGCAUGCGUGGUUUGGGGAGUAGGAGGUUUGGGGGUGUGUCUCACUCUGAUCUGCAGGAGGAGGAGCCCUCCCAGAGCAGCUCCACCUCUGAGUCCACCCAUGAUCAGGACGCGGAGGAGGAGAACCGGUGCUUUGGAACCUUUCAGGGAACCAUAGUGGGUCUGAGGUACUACACCGGAACGGUGAAUAGAGGUGAGAUGGUGGCUCUGGUGAGGCAACCGCAGAACCCGUACGAUCGGAACGCGGUGAUGGUGGCUAACGUGUAUGGCAGUCAGGUGGGACACAUAAAAAAGGAGCUGGCAGCGGCGCUGGCCUUCAUAAUGGACCGUAAUCUGGCCCGAGUGGAAGGGGUGGUUCCUUAUGGAAAGACAAAUUCAUUCACCAUGACUGUAACCCUAACAUUCUGGGGUAGAGAGGAGAACCAGGAGGCGGUACACUCUCAGAUGAAAAAUCACGGAUACAAACUCAACGCUGUGAAAGGGAGCUCAUCGGCGGCAUCCUGGGAUCGCUAUGGAGGGGCUGGAUCAUCCUCAGAGAUUUGCCCUGUGAUUUUAACACAGGAGGAGCUGAAGAAUGCAUUUGAUAAGCUGUUUGAUGACUUGUUGGAGGACAGAACCCGAGAGAUGGAGGCCGCAGAGGCUGUGAGGACCCCUCUUCUCCUCCACCAAAAGCAGGCACUGUACUGGAUGACGUCCCGGGAGAACAGUUCAGAUCUGCCUCCGUUCUGGGAGCAGAGGAGUGGGCUGUACUUUAAUGUUCUGACCAAUUUCGGUGCCAGGGAGUCACCAGAGAGCGUCCUUGGGGGGAUUCUGGCGGAUGAUAUGGGACUGGGUAAAACUCUCACGACCAUCGCACUGAUACUGUCCAACUUCCACAAUGGGAAACCUUUGCCUGUGAAAUAUGAGGGAGGAGCUUCAGAAAGCCGUCCAUCUACGUCCUCCACAGCUCACCCAGCUCAGAAAGGAGCGUCCAGACGGAAAGAAGAUUCACCGAAACCACUGCAAACCUUAAAGCGGUCUCAUAAGGAGUCAGACCGAACUGCUGCUUCUGAAGAUGAUGAUGAUGUUGUUGUUGUUUCUGAGACCCGUGCUGACCAGAAACCUACAGCCAGCCAACCCAAACGUCAAACUGUUAAGCUACAUGAUGUGGAUUUCGGUUCUGCGCUGGACUCAAGCGGUUCUUCGCUGGAUUCUAGCAGGUCGGCUUCUGCAAAGAGCCGAAUGAAGAAGGGAUCUGGUCAAACUGUUAAGCUGCAUGAUGUGGAUUUCGGUUCUGCGCUGGACUCAAGCGGUUCUUCGCUGGAUUCUAGCAGGUCGGCUUCUGCAAAGAGCCGAAUGAAGAAGGGAUCUGGCACUUCUAAAAAGUCUCCCAGACCCACCCUAAUCAUCUGCCCCCUGUCUGUCCUCACCAACUGGAUGGAUCAGUUUGAGCAGCACCUGCGGGAGGACGUUCAACUCAACCUGUAUUUAUUCUACGGCCCUGACCGCUGCCGCCAGGCCAGCUUCCUGUCUGAACAGGAUGUUGUUCUCACCACCUACAAUGUGCUGACCUCAGAGUAUGGGAAGAACAGUGUUCUGCAGAAGGUUCUUUGGCUGCGUGUGGUUCUGGAUGAAGGCCACAUCAUUAGGAACCCAGACGCCCUGCAGAGUAAAGCUGUUCUGAGUCUCAAUGCAGAGAGGAGGUGGAUUCUGAGCGGAACUCCUAUCCAGAACUCAGUGAAGGAUGUGUGGAUGCUAAUGUGUUUUUUGAGGCUGAAGCCGUUUGCCGUGCGGGAGUGGUGGAUGCGGGUCAUCCAGAGGCCGGUGAUGAUGGGAAACAAAGAAGGACUGAAGAACCUGCAGGCUCUGUUGAAGGUUCUUACUAUGCGGCGCACUAAGCUCAGCAAGGCGAACGGGCGUCCCAUCCUGCAGCUGCCUGAGAAGAAGGUGUUUCUCCAGAAGGUGGUGCUGUCGAAAGAGGAGAGAGAGCGUUAUGAGCUAGAGAAAGCUGAGGGGAGGAGGAUCAUCAGCAGGUACAUGGCUGACGGCACUGUGUUGAGGAACUACGCUGAUGUGCUGGCGAUUCUGGUGCGUCUGAGGCUGCUCUGCUGUCACUGUGAUCUGGUAGGAAAACUCACUGAAACUGCUGGAACAGCUGACUCCUCCUCUCCGGCUGAACUGCGGGAGCGUCUGAUCAGUAAGAUCCGAUUGGUUCUGAGCUCCGGGGUGGAUGAGGAGUGCGCGGUGUGUUUGGACUCGCUGCGGCAGCCUGUCAUCACACACUGCGCUCAUGUCUUCUGCAAACCCUGUAUCUGUGAGGUGAUUCAAUCCAAGCAGCUUGCAGCGAAAUGUCCUCUGUGUCGUGCAAAUAUUAAAUCCACUGAGCUGUUGGAGUAUCCCGGAGACGAAGAAGAUUCCAGACCUACAGACAGAAAAGACCAAUGGCGCUCCAGCUCAAAGGUCGAGGCACUGAUGACGGUCCUGCUAAAACUGCGCUCAGAAGACCCCACCAUUAAGAGUCUGGUGGUCUCCCAGUUUACUAAGUUUCUGAACAUACUGGAAGUGCCUUUACGGGAGUCCAAGUUCUCCUUCACCAGGCUGGACGGCACCAUGAACCAGAAGGCCCGGGCGAGAGCCGUGAGCGAGCUGCAGGACCCGUCUCCUGGAAGCCCCACUGUAAUGCUGCUGUCACUCAAAGCCGGGGGGGUGGGGCUUAACCUGACCGGCGCCUCCCGCGUCUUCCUUAUGGAGCCGGCGUGGAACCCUGCCGUUGAAGAACAGUGUAUUGAUCGCUGCCACCGACUCGGACAGACCAGAGACGUAGUCGUCACCAAGUUUGUGGUGAAGGACUCUGUGGAGGAGAGCAUGCUGAAGAUCCAGAAGAGGAAGCAGGAGCUGGUGCAGAAGUUGUUGGGGGCGAAGAGCACCGAGGACAGGAAGCAGGAGAGGAUACAGGAGAUCCGGACCCUGAUGGACAUUUAGCUGCAACUUAAUAUGCAGUCUUUCUCAAGUUUCCCAAUCAGUUCCGAAAAUAAUUUUUUUACGAUGAUUCUGUUCAGAGUCGGUUCUGCUGGCGAUCUGUUUUUUUUCUUUACGUUCUUUAACUGUACAUUCCACACACAUCCUACACAUUCCAGUUCACUCUCCACACUGAACACAGUGACACCAAUAAAGUGGAGUUUGUUAAUUUA